AUGUAUCUCCGCGCAGCCCACGCCGAAGCAGACAUCCCAAUCCUGCAACAAUUGAUCCACGAGAAUCCCCUCGGCAUCCUUACAACAGCCAUCAAAUCCACCGACCACGCCUUCAUCCAAUCCAGCCACAUUCCAUUCGUCCUCGACAUCCCACCAAACAAUGGCUCCGAAACAGAUACCCCACCAGGUGUUCUCCGCGGCCACAUCGCAAAACAAAACCCGCAAGCCAAAGCUUUAAUGGAAGCGCUCGCCGCCCAACAAGAACAAGCCAAAACCAGUACUGGCACAUCUACAACUACGACCCUGGACCUUGAACUCCCGGACGAAGUUCUCAUCCUCUUUAACGCGCCCCACCACCACUACGUCACGCCCAAGUUCUACACCGAGACCAAGCCCGUCUCGGGCAAGGUCGUUCCAACCUGGAACUACGCCGCCGUGCAAGCGUACGGCAAGAUCCGCGUGUACUGCGACUCCAAGUCCGAGGCGACGGGCACGUUCCUGCAGACGCAGGUGGAGGAUUUAUCGCGGCAUGCUGAGACGACUCAGAUGGGGUAUACGGGUGUUGGGGGGAAGCCGACGGCGUGGAAUGUUGGGGAGGCGCCGAGCUCGUACGUGGAAUUGUUGAAGAAGAAUAUUAUUGGGAUUGAGGUGCGCAUUGAGCGAUUGCAGGGAAAGUUUAAGAUGAGUCAGGAGAUGGGGGUUGGGGAUCGGGAGGGGGUUGUGAAGGGGUUUGAGGAGUUGGGGAGUGAGGUUGGGGAUGGGAUUGCGAGGAUGGUGAAGGAGAGAGCGGAGUUGAAGGAUCGACGGGGGUGA